GCCGCAGUAUUUAUGUCCUCCAGCCCUCGCGGCUCGUCCCACCCUAAAAUCUCUAUCUCUCAGCACAACCAACAGCGAUCCCCGGCGGCGGCGAGAGAUCAAGGCUCGCGGCCAUGGCGCGCGAGCAGCUGGAGGUGCUGUCGGCGCUGGACACGGCCAAGACGCAGUGGUACCACUUCACGGCGAUCGUCAUCGCCGGCAUGGGCUUCUUCACCGACGCGUAUGAUCUCUUCUGCAUCUCGCUCGUCACCAAGCUGCUCGGCCGCAUCUACUACUACCGCGAGGGUGCCGACGCCCCCGGCUCGCUGCCGCCCAACGUCGCCGCCGCCGUCAACGGCGUCGCCUUCUGCGGCACGCUCUCGGGCCAGCUCUUCUUCGGCUGGCUCGGCGACCGCAUGGGCCGCAAGCGCGUCUACGGCAUGACCCUCAUGUGCAUGGUGCUCUGCUCCAUCGCCUCGGGCCUCUCCUUCGGCUCCACCCCCGGCUCCGUCAUGGCCACGCUCUGCUUCUUCCGCUUCUGGCUCGGGUUUGGGAUCGGCGGCGACUACCCGCUCUCCGCCACCAUCAUGUCCGAGUACGCCAACAAGAAGACGAGGGGCGCCUUCAUCGCCGCCGUAUUCGCCAUGCAGGGCUUCGGCAUCCUCACCGGCGGCGUCGUCACGCUCAUCGUGUCCGCCGCGUUCCGCGCCGCCUUCCACGCGCCCGCCUACGAGAAGGGCGCCGUCGCAUCCACGCCCCCGCAGGCCGACUUCGUGUGGCGCUUCAUCCUCAUGUUCGGCGCCGUCCCGGCCCUGCUCACCUACUACUGGCGGAUGAAGAUGCCCGAGACGGCGCGCUACACGGCGCUCGUCGCCAAGAACGCCAAGCAGGCCGCGGCCGACAUGUCCAAGGUGCUCCAGGUGGAGAUCGCCGCCGAGGACGAAACCAAGGACAACGACGGGGCCGGGGCCGGCGAAGACCGCAACUCGUUCGGGCUCUUCUCCGGCGAGUUCCUUCGGCGGCACGGGCUCCACCUCCUCGGCACGGCCACCUGCUGGUUCCUCCUCGACAUCGCCUUCUACUCGCAGAACCUGUUCCAGAAGGACAUCUUCACGGCGAUCAACUGGAUCCCCAAGGCCAAGACGAUGAGCGCCCUCGAAGAAGUGCACCGCAUCGCGCGCGCGCAGACGCUCAUCGCGCUCUGCGGCACGGUGCCGGGCUACUGGUUCACCGUGGCCCUCAUCGACCGGAUCGGGCGCUUCUGGAUCCAGCUCGGCGGAUUCUUCUUCAUGGCGGUGUUCAUGCUGGGGCUGGCCUUCCCGUACCACCACUGGACGACCCCGGGCAACCACAUCGGGUUCGUGGUGCUGUACGCGCUCACCUUCUUCUUCGCCAACUUCGGGCCAAACUCCACCACAUUCAUCGUGCCGGCAGAGAUCUUCCCGGCCAGGCUCCGGUCGACGUGCCACGGCAUCUCCGCCGCCGCCGGGAAGCUGGGCGCCAUCGUGGGGUCGUUCGGGUUCCUGUACCUGGCGCAGAACCAGGACCCCAGCAAGGUGGACCACGGGUACAAGGCCGGCAUCGGGGUCAAGAACUCGCUAUUCAUCCUCGCCGCCUGCAACUUCCUCGGCAUGGCCUUCACCUUCUGCGCGCCCGAGUCCAACGGCAUCUCGCUCGAGGAGCUCUCCGGCGAGAACGACGACGAGGCGCCGGCGCCGGCGACGCACGCCAGGACGGUGCCCGUGUGAGACGUCGCCGUACGUCAGAUAUGCUAGUAUAUGCUACCGGUGGUAUACUCUGCAGGUUUGGAUGGAUGUAUGGGUGUUUUCUUUUUCUUGGUUGGGACGUUCAACUCAGGAGUCGAGUACAACAACAAUACUACUAUUGUCAUGUGUCAGAGGUCUCCAUGUUAUAAUUAAUUAAUUAGAGUUUA